GAGGCCCUCGGGGGGAUAGACACUAAUGCGCUGUUUGGGAAUAAUCCUACGGACAUCUUUGGACAAGGUGGAGAAAGUGGACUGGCGGCAAUGCUUCAGAGGGGUGGAGUUGGAGAAGAAGGAAUGGGAAAUCUACAAGGUCUUUUGAAUCAAGGUCGAUCUGGAGGUCAAGGUAACCAGAUGUUUAACCCUUCCAUGGCCGGAGGUUUAGGAGGGAAUUUAGGAGGUGGACAGAACAUGUUUGACCCUGCCAUGUUACAAGGAUUAGGAUUGGGAGGAGGUGGAGGAUAUGGAGGAGGGGGAGGAUUAGGAGGAGCGGAUCCCAAUGUACUGAGUAACCUGCAGGGAAUGUCAGAGGAGGACCGUAAAGCUGUACUGGCUGCCAUGGGGGAGGGAGAUACCCCCUCACAGUCUGGAGGAGGAAUCCCAAAUCUUGGAGGUGGUGGAAUUCCAGGAUUAGGAGCAGGUGGCAUGGGAUUAGGUGCAGGUGGCAUGGGAUUCGGAGCAGGUGGCAUGGGAUUAGGAGCAGGAGGUGGUGGGAUUCCAGGAUUUGGUGGCAUGGGAGGUUCUGGAUUGCCUAAUAUGGGAACAGGAUUACCUGGACAAGGAGGAAGACCUGGAAUGUUUGGAGGUCAAAGACUCCCAGGAAAUGUACGACCAAGGACACGAGUUUAUCCAACAGAAGCGUUUGCACAAGAAGUUCAGCAGGAGAUUGAGAAAGCUAAGGCAUGUAAGGACCCGUAUGUCAAAGGAAUGAACACCAUCAUUGUUGUCGAUACAUCAGAGAGCAUGAAGGGGGACGGGAUAGUUCAGGCUAAAGAAGCCAUCGAGAAACUCAUGUCAGAACUUGAGAGUAUAUCUAUGGACUAUGGACUGGAGGAGAAUCUGUGCAUCAUCACAUGUGGCAGUGACACUCGAGUCGUUCAACAUCUGACCAACGACUACCAGCUCGUCAGACGAAGUCUAGGUCAGAUUCGGACAGGGGGAAGCACUCCUCUACAGCUGGCUAUUUCCCUGGGAAUUGGGGCUCUCCAGAGAGCACAAGCGGAAACAGUUGGGUCUCAUAUUCUACAUCCGCGGGUGAUUGUUCUUUCUGACGGACACGCCACUAAUCCAUCCAACCCUCAGGGGCCGGAUUCUACCGCGGAGGAAACCUCUCAACAGGAGACCCCAGGUGUUAUAAGAAUCAUACAGAGCAUGAUAACCAACAAAUGCCUGAAGUUUAUCUACAUCCCCGUGGGGACCCCCGAUAGUACAUUUUCCACUUUUGUGGAGUCCAUGCCAGGAGCCCACAUAGUACUGGCCGGUGAUGUCCACAGCUUGGCUCAGUAUCACAUGCAGCAGAGAGUGGUUGGAGAGGCUAAAGAGAAAAGGAAGGAGGGUCAGGUUACAAAGGAGACGGUCAAGGCCAUCGCUCAGUCACAAUACCCUUCACUGGGGGAGAGAGACAUUGAAGCCAUCAUGAUGCAGAUGAAUGAACCAAACAGUCAGAUCGAGUUCCAGGCCAUGGACCCAGAGUUACAGGCCCUGGCAGAGCUGGGGAUGCCCCAGGGGCCGGGGGGACCAACAACUAAUCCCCUGGGAGGUCUCCAGCAGGGGCUGGCAGGGGUCAAUAUAGGAGGGGGAGGAGCAGCAGGGGCUGGUGGGGGAGGAGCAGGUGCCCCCUUCACUGAGGAACAGAUGGCAGAUGCCCAGAGGCAGAUCAGGGAGAGGCGUGAGGAGAUACAGAGGAUGAGGGAGCGGGGGGAGUGGCCCCCCAAGGACAGCGACUCCAUGCCCUUCCAACUGCCGGGUCUCAUGGCCCGUCCUGACGGACCCGAGGCCCAGGCCGAAGAAUCGGAAGAAAUUACGCAGGAGAAGAUUAACGAGCUCCUGGAGAAAUAUGGGGGUGGGCCACCAAAGAAAGACAAUUUACCUAAACCACUGCAACCUGGGAUACGGGUCACUACUGGGCCAGACUGGAUGUGGAGGAUGAAUGAAGUGGAGGUGGGAGAAAAAGGAGUGGUGGUAGAAUCCAAACCUGAUGAGGAGAACCCGACGGGAGAAUUUGAUGGGUGGAUCCGAGUUAAGUGGGAUAAUGGGGUGGAGGAGGACUACAGAUAUGGACUCGACUACGAGUUUGACAUCGAGCCUGAAAUCGGAGGAAUGGACGCCGUAGAGUGGCCACCAGGCAAACAGAGAAUCAUUGUUGAGGAGGACCCACUAUUGAAUGACGAUGAAGAUUUCCUGGAAACCAUGCAUAAACUUAUAAACAAGGGAAAUUCUUCACAAACCAAUAAUGCCAGCAGUCCCGCGGGGGCCUCAGGUGUAGACCCAUUCAGUUCAGAGUUACGGAACCCCUCAGCCCAGGGGCCUCCACCUAAGGCAGAAGAUAUCCCCUUCCUGAACCCCGCCCAUGCUAAAGAGUACGAGAGGUUGAUGAAGAACCCCCAGCCGGACCCCACGCUGCCCUACCUGUCAGAGAACCAGCUACCGAACCAGUUUGGUGGACCCCAGUUCCCUCCACAUAACCUGGAAAAUUUUCCAGGGAAUUUCCAGCAAUUCCAGAAUCCACCAAUACCAGACCAGACUGGUUCUCCUGUGACACCAUCGACCAAUCAGAACACAGCUGGAGCCACCAGUAAAAAACCCGAAGGUACUAUACUGUAUGAAAGACAAGACCGAGGUCCAGACAAGGAGGUGUGUUAUGUCUGGCAGUAUUACACAGACGAGGGCGACUGGAGGUCCUACCCCCCGGACAUCCAGAAAAAAGCCGAGACCGAGUAUAUGAAACGACAGCAGAAAGGCAGUAUUGUUAUUGACAUGGGGAGUGGAUCGGAGAGGAUAAUUUUCAAAAGCAUGGAACAGAGAAAUAAUGAACUACGGAAAAUACGUCCAGUUCGAAGAAUUGAAGCUGAUGCUGAAAAAUUAAGAGAACUCCAGGAGAUGUGGUCUUCUACCUGCAUGACGGGACGGGCACCUGUUAUCAUUGGGAUCUCUGGGGUAACAAACAGUGGGAAGACGUCCCUGACCAAUAAAAUCCGAGCUCAUCUGCCGGGAUGUCACACCAUGUGUCAAGACUCCUAUUUCUUAGACCCCCCACAUCCUCGCCUGACCCCAAUACCAGAACUAGACCAUUAUAAUUUCGAUGAACUGAAUGCCCUUGACAUGGAAGCAAUGGUAGCAGAUGUCCAGUCCUGGAAAGAUGCUCAGAGUAACUCCACUCCUCUGGGAUCCACCCCUAAUGAUCUGUAUAGCAAUGUGCUAAUUGUAGAAGGAUUUAGGAUGUAUGCAUUGAGGGAUUUGGAACAGCUCUUGAUGAAGAAAUAUUUCUGUACCAUUCCAUAUGACAUUUGUAUAGCAAGAAGAAGAACAAGACAUUAUACUCCACCUGAUAAGCCGGGGUAUUUUGAAAAAAUAGUUUGGCCUGAGUCUAUACUUCAUCAAAGAGAAAUACAGGAACAAGAUGAUAUAGAAUACCUUGAUGGAUCCAGUGAUCAAGAAGAAUUGUGUUUGAAAAUUGUUAGUGAAAUCAAGAGACUAUGUAACAAUAUAAGUAAUUGUGAUUAAUCCUUGUUUUACAUUGUGUUUGCAGCAGAUUUUGAAAUUGAUUUGUGUAUACAAUAAAUUAUUUAUUUUUAGAUAAAU